GUCAGUCGGGAAAGAGUGCGCUUGCAAAAUCAAUACCAUCCCAGGCUUCAUCUCUUCCAACUAGAUCUCCUCCUCCUGCUCCUCGCCAACCUCCUCGGCCAUCACCACAACCAGCGCUUCCUAACGCUGCCGAGCAGAAAAGGCGCAGGGAAUAGAAGGGCAAAGAGGUGGCAGACACGAGCAAGUCUCGUCCAACUCGAGAGGAGGAUGCCCAACGAGCUGCAAAGCAGCAGAAAACCAAGCACCAAGCCGCGCGGGGCCAAGAGAAAUCUGAUUUCUAACAUCCUGAACCACAAGCAUGGUUGCCAGCACCUAUGCACGAUGAGGAGCCCCUGCGAGAUGAUGCAUCUAUAAGGGACUUUAACGGCGGCAUAGGGUGUCACGUAGCCUCAGCUAUAAAGGAAGCCUUAUUGCUCCCAAAAGAUAUGGCCGAAAUAAAGAAUAUGAGGAAGAAUGAACUUGUCCUCGACAACAAACGAUAUUUGGGCAUGAUCAUCCAAAAUACUUUCAAGCUAGAUGAGAUGCUCAACGCCUAUUCCGAUCAGCUAGAUGAUGAAAGAAAAAGACGGAUAACGGCUGUACAGACCUUGUCCAAAUUUGAACAGGACUUGGCCGAUGCAAAGAAAAAGUUACAGACUGAAGAGCAAGCUCGCAAGAGCGCCGAGUCGGCAUUAGAAGGCUACCAAAAGCAGGCCGAGAAUCAAGGGAAACUUCUGCGUGAGGCGAAUGCCGAACUAAAGAAGACUCAAGAGCAAGUCCUAGUUCUUAGGAAGCACCUGGAGGAAACUCAAAAGCUAAGGAAGCGAGCUGAAAAGUCCAAGGAGCAAACCAAGAAAGCAAAAAUCUGUGCCGAACAGGCAAUGAACGAAGCUGAGCAGAGAGGCUACAAGGUUGGUAUAGCUGAAACUGAAAAGGCUUUGAGAGCCGAGGUUUCGGAGGUAUGCUGUAUCUACUGAGCAAGAACUUGGAGUGAGGCUCUUAACCGUGUUGGGGUUGAAGCCUCAUCUGAGUUACGUAAGCCAGAGAACGUAUUCUACCUCGAGGCGAUCCGCCCCUCAGUUCUUCUACCCGAUCAGGCUGAUGCUCCCUCUUCAGUUAUUAACCUCAACGAGGAGGUU